AGUCUGAAAAUGGCCGCCACCAGGUACCGUCGCUUUCUCAAGUUAUGUGAAGAAUGGCCGAGAGACGAAUCGAAAAAAGGUCGAGAUUUGGGGACGUUUUUACGGCAAAAAGUGGCUAGUGCGUUCAGAGAGGGCGAGAACACUCAGAUCUCUGAUCCAGAAAAAUGUGAUAAAAUGUAUGAAAGUCUGGUGCACAUCAACAGUAACGUUUACAAAGAAAAGUUUCCACGAGCAAAAGACACAAGUUUUACUGGCGUGACAGUGGAAGAGUGUCGGAUGUUAUUAGAAACGGGGAAUAUGCAGCAGAUGGAUGAGGAAAAGAAGGGAUUGUGGAAAACUCUAAUGCAGAGAUUCUCCUCCAAGCCAGAAGAUGCAUCUGUGGAAAAGGCGGAAAAGUAGACAUUUUGCAUGCCAAGCUGCACCCUAACACACUUUCAGUUAUGAAACUUAUUAAUGUCAUUGUAUUAAUAUUUGUAUUUUACAUUUUCAUUCUUAUCUGCUGUAUGUGCAUAUGAAUAACAAUUCAUUCAUAUUAUUUAACAACUUAUGUCCAUAACUUGUAAACAAUUAAAGAUGCAUUGUAUUCA